CAGCCGACAGUAGCACUUUGUGACUGCGUGUGUGUCAUUGUCUUUGUGUGAGUGUGUGUGUGUGCGCGCGCGCGUGUGCGGAGGGUUCAGUACUGUAGGUGUGGCAGGCCGUGGAGUCGUUGGAUCUGGUGACUCAGUGCAGGUCAUCUGAGCAGAACUAAUGUAGCGUCCAUCAGGUGUCGCUGAGUAAUUCUGCCAGAUCACGUUUAAACGUUUCAUUGCGCGCUCAUAUUCACGUUAUAGGCCACGUGCACGCCCUUGGUUUUCAGUGGCGUGAAUGUCGUUUCUGCACUGUGGUCAAUAAUGUGAAUAUCCAGCUGUCAUGAGAGAGCAGUGGAGAAAGUUAUUAAUCCACUACUAUUGAAAUGUACGCUGUUUGUAAACUGUCACAACUUCCCAUAAACCUUGUUUUGUUCCACUAACAAAUCCAAAUAUAUUCAGUUUUAUGUUCAGAUUUUAUGUAUUUUAUUUCUAUUUCAAGCUACACAGAAUUCGGAGGGAAAUAUUGUACUUUUUACAGCCAGUAGUUACUUGUUACUAUUGGGGUAGGGAGGGUGCCCUGUGGUCCUGUUUUUAACAAAGGUUAGGCCCUCUGCAGUUUAUUCUUUUUUUUGACAAACCCUCCCCUUGACUUCAAAAUACUUCAUCUCCUCACAAUAACCAACAAUGUUUGUACAGUCCCUGAACAUGCGAGGCCUUGUUACAGAACGUAUCUCAAGCUGUUAAAAUAAGCUUCUACAGCAUUUAAGUAACACUUGCAUGUGAAUGCAUCAACCAAUAAUACUCCAUCACUGUCAGUGCGGCUGGGCUUUUAUCGUCUUUCAAUGGAACCAUAUGAUGAAAUUGUAAUACACAAUUACGUUGUCUAAUCAAUAAUAAAAAGCACGUACUAACUCAAAUUAACUUAGAUUUUGCCCAUUCUUUAGAACUUCAUAGAAGUACAUAACAAAAUAGCUCGAGUAGGAGUGACAUCAGUUUAAAUCAGUUUCUGUUUCAGACAAGAGGUUUAACUUGUCCACAAAUAAAGCAGAUGUGUAAACUGAGUGGAGGUGGGUUUCACUUCACUGCCCUGGAUGUGCUUAAAGACAAUGAUGCUGUGAUCUGUACACUAUGUUCUGCCCUCAUACCUAAACUACAUUUAUAUUCCUUGGUAUAUAUGUGUGCUAUCUUGUUACAAUUCAAAGCCAAAGUACUUUAAAUGUAACAUGGAACUGUGUUAAAGACUGUCCUAAUUAUAUACAGUAUAGUGGUCAAUUUUUGCCUAAGAUGUCCACCUCACCGCUGCUUCUCCCUGUGUUGGUUCAGCCUGAUGUUUUCCGAUACCCAAAAAGAUUUUGGUGUGUGUGGGAGUUUGUGGGGUGUGUCGGUCUCAGCCUGGGUGUCUGUGUGCCCUUUGCAGCAUCAUUUUCUCUUUUCCAUUACACCCAGAGUUUCUGCAAAAGGCUGCUGAAUGGUUUGUAUCUCUGACCUAUUUCAGUGGCAAAAGAAAUAAAGGUUGUUACGACUGACUCAUCAGAAACAACCCACUAAUUUUUCAAAGCAGUUUCAGAAUAAAGCAUUUUUUCUAACUAUUACCUUGAGAAUAGUGUCACAGAAGUUCAACCAGGCCAGUGAAGAUACAGCCUAGUGUUUAUGUUUGCCUGUGCUUUUGUAUGACUGUAUUCAUGGAAAUGUUCAUGGAAAUUCAUCCUGUAAAAGUAUUGGUGGAGGGCUCAGCCAUUCAGUCCUGAUCAUAUAUUUUACACGACUGUCACUUACUGUUUGUUCUUCAAAUCAGUCACAGAUGUGGCCGAGUUAGCCGUCAUAAUUACCUUUGUGGCCAUUUGGUCAUUUUCCUUUCAAUAAAUCCAAGUGUGGGGAAAAGUAAGACCGUAUGUGCAUAAAAUCUGCUUUGCAUCUUGUGAAUGACUGCACCUAACUGUGUAGAGUAUGUAGUGAGAUGGUCUGCAGAGAUGCAAAAGAGUGGAUGGACCGAAGGUUCAAGGAUGAGAUUAUAAGACGGAGCUCUCAUCACGCCAAAAGUCUUCUGGCAAGUCUCUCCAGAAGACAAAAUACAAACGUACUUUCAUGUACAGAUGUUUGCCAUGGAUAAAGUUCUCCUGGAAACCAGACAUUUUUGAAAUAUCAGCAUACCUGAGAGAGUGUCUGAGCUGAAUGAGUCUUUAUUUUGUUGAGAAAUCAGUCAGCAGCUCAGUGAUUCACAUGCAUGGCAUCAUCUUAAUGAGUACAUCUCACCAGACCUCUCUCCUCUUUUUCCCAUUCCUCCUUCCCUCCCUCCCUCCCUCCUCUCUCUCUUCCCUGGCCAGUGGAAAUGUGCGCGUGUGCAGUUCUUGAGUGCAGUCUGUAAUUUUUGGCUGUGGUGGAGGGCCUCAGCUCAGCCUCAGGCUUCGGGGUUUGCUGCUCAGCCUCAAUCACGUCACAUGAAAAACUGCUGAGUGCGAGCGUGUCUCUUUCUUCCUGUGUGUGUGUGUGUGUGUGUGUGUGUGUAUAUUUGAACAGUAUAUGAAAGUUGGGUUUAUGCCCCACAUCUGUUUGUCUUAUUUCUUUCUGACCUAUGCGUCCAUCUCCUUCUGUUGCUCCCUUUACAUGUUUGCCUCUCACUGUCCAUCUGACUCGAGUGUCUCUCCGUCUGUGUGUCCCAGUGACAUGUGAUAGCAGCAGCAUGCCGUACGUGGACCGGUUGAAACGUGUAUGCGGCUUCCUGGACCUCGAGGAGAAGGAGAACAGCUGCCGCUUCCAGAGGCGAUACUUCAUUCUGGACACGCAGGAAAAUGUUCUGCUGUGGUAUAUGGACAACCCUCAGAACUUGCCCAGUGGAACCAGUUUUGUUGGCAGCCUGAAACUAACCUACAUCUCCAAGGUGAAUGAAGCUACAGCGAAGCAAAAGCCAAAGACAGAGUUCUGCUUUGUCAUCAAUGCAGUUUCCCGGAGGUACUUCCUCCAAGCCAACGAUGUGACUGACAUGAGGGACUGGGUGGCUGCUCUCAAUAAGGCCAGCAAGAUCACUGUUCCUAAGUCUGGCCGUGCUCCUCCGAGGUCCGACGUGACCGCAGCAAUCGGCGACACCCAGCGAGGAAGGAGACAGCAUGAUUACAAGACUGAGAUCAUCGGUGGCGUGGUGGUGCACACUCCCAUCCAGAAUGAGAGCGAAGAGACAGAAGGGAGGGAGAGGAAGGGCAACAGACCAGGUGUGCUGAGGUGUGGUUACUGUGUCAAACAAGGAAAUGUGAGAAAGAGCUGGAAGAGGAGGUUUUUCCUCCUGGAUGACAAUGCAGUCAGUUACUACAAGUCUGAGAUGGAUAAGGAUCCUCUCCGAGCUGUCCCACUGAGGGACAUUCAGAAGGUCCAUGAAUGUCUCGUCAAGUCAGGGGAUCUCCUGCUGAGAGACAACCUGUUUGAGAUCAUCACCAGCUCCCGAACCUUCUACAUUCAGACAGACUCUCCAGAGGAGAUGCAUGGCUGGAUCAGGGACAUUGAGAUGAAGAUCCAGGACUUCAGAGGUCCCCCUAAGGGUUUUCCAUCUAAACGUGUUGCUUCUCUCUAUCGAAGUCAAAAUGCCUCCUCGGCGUCUCGAGGUCAACAGAGCGAUGAGCGCCGACCUGCACUGGUCAAGUCCUGCUCUGUGGCACCGGGCUGGCAGCCCUGGACGCCUGUCCCUCCGUGUGAGCCCUCCAUCCUGGAUGCAGAGGAUGAAGACAGUGCUUUCAGCUCUGCGCCCACCAUGCCUUCGCUCUCCUCCUCAUCCACCUCUUCCUCAACCUCCUCCUCCUCCAACUCCCUCUCCGCUGCAACCCCUUGCCCCUGCGCCAAUCCAGCAGCUUCAGCCAGCGGACUGGGGAUCCUCACAGUGUCUGGAGAUGUGGCCAGCGGGCGUCGGAGGCACCGCUCGCAGCCUCAGCCUUGCAGCUUCCCCUUCAGCCUGGACGAAGAUGGCAUCCGCACCACAGACGUCUAAGUUCAGUGAAGUCUGUCCAGACCCCUGUUUGGACUUGAGAGUUGGUACUUGCUUUAAAAUGAAUGUGACUGGUAAUAAUAGUGUUCCCUGCUAAUGAAGUGACACUGUGACCAUCCGCCUCAUCGCCAUGAUGUGAGAUGGGGGGGGCCUCCUGCUGGUCUUGCAGCUGCAUUGCAGACGAAGGACGCACCCAGCUGGAAGGGGACCAAGAGGCGCAGUGUUUGUCGUUCACAGGACCGUGAAGAAGUACGAUGGAGUGGUUUUAGUGCAACUUCCUCUGAAAACUUGAAUAAUCUUGUUGUUAAUUGUUCUUACAGACUAACAAAUUAUGGCACAUGCUUUCAGUCUGUUGCACUUGGCUCAGUUGUUGAUGUAACUCUGUCAUCAAGAACUUGUUUUCACCCCGGCUAGAAGUAUUUACCAAGAAGUGUUUAAGGCAUUUAAACACAUUAUUAUCUAUAUUUUUUUUUAUAUUCAAGCUCAUCUUCACAAAAGACUUUUGAAAAAUUGGGUCUUUUUGGUUUAUUUUAAAGCCAGCAGUAGUUAUUUUCUCUUUCUUCCUGAAACACAUGUUAUGUGACGUCAACUUUUCUUCAUUAAUAAUUAACAAGCAUUUGUUUACUCGCAUCUAAUCAGGUGUCUGGGGGGGAAAGUAUAAGUGUAGGUCUCAUAAAAAAGGUACAGCUGAAUGAGGGCUCUUUUGUUGUCAGCAGCAAUGUUUAUGUGUUCGCACUAUGUUUUAAACAGAAGCUUUUAAUACUUCAAAGAAGAUCAACUGUCAGUAAACUGUGACUCCUCUCUUAGCUUUUAACAGGGUACCGUAAUGAUACAGCAGUGUUUUAGAUGGUACUUGUCGUAGGAUGUACUGCCAACAUCGAAGUACAGUUGAUCAGCUGAUUGACAGCUUUGUAAAUGUGAUUUUCUUAUUCCAGCAUUAUGUGGGAAAAUGUGCCACUACUUCUGGUAAUUUAACUGUAAUUCUGCACUUUGCUUUUCUCAUUUUUGCUUGUGUUUUUUGUUUUGUUUAAAGCUUUUACAGCCGAUAUUACAGCUUCCUCUGAGUCGAUGCCUCAGAUACUUUGUGUUGCUACACCAGCCCUCCUCAGGUUCACCUCGAGACUUCAUUGAUGUGGUACCAUGUUCCCGACUGUUUCAGUUUUCUGAAGCUGUGUGCACUCGUCUGCCUGCAUAUAGAGUUAAUUUUCUUUCUUGUACAUUAAAUGAUGCUUUUUA